AUGCAGGGCGCCCUCYGCGGCCCCGCGCUGCCGGCGGCGGGCUGCUCCUCCCCGGAAGAGGUAGGCUCUGUGGUGGCGGCUCCGCUGCGGCGGGAGGCGGCCAUGGGCCCGGGGGAGACGGCGAGGCUGGCGGCGCCGCAGCUGGUGCUGGCGGCGCGGCGGGCACUGGGACGGGCGGGCGGGCGGCGGCUGCCGGCGGCCCGUGCCCUGCAGCUGGCUGGCGAGGUGCUGGCGGUGGCAGCGGGGCUGAAGCCGGCCUUGCUCUACGACUGCGGGGCGGCCGGGGCCGAGCAGCUGCGGGACUACCUGGGGCGGCUGCUGGAGGCCGGGCUGGCGCCGGGGCGCCUGCACGUGCUGAGCGUGGCAGGCAGCGUGCUGGUGCUGCACCCGGGCCGCGCAGCCCGCCGCCUCGAGGCCGUGCUGCGGGCCCAGYCCGCGCCCUUGGUGGAUGUGGCGGCAGCCCGGGUGCAGCCCGCGCUCUGUGGGACCUCGGUGGCCCAUGCUGUCAGGAGACACCUUUCUGCACUCCUAGUGCACCUCAAGGCUGUGGARGCUGCUGCUGCUGGGCCCAUAUCUUCCAGCGAGAUUUACUCCGCUGACUGGAACCUCUGCACUAUUUUUGGAGUCAUCUUGGGCUACCCACUUGCCUACACCUUUGCAGUGGAGGACAGCUUUGAGAACUGCUUGGCAUUGACGCCACUGAGAGUUUUCAGCGUUCAGGCCUCGUGCCAUAGGAUAAGAGAUGAUCUCAMGGUCCAAAUUUAUUCCUUCAGCAUCCCGGAAAACCUCUAUCCAGAGAUGAARGAAGUGGUGGAUGCCUGGUGUGACAACUUGAAGAACAGUUUCAGUUCUCAGAAUGAUUUUGUAAAUCUCUGCAUUUCAAGUGAGGUGGUUACUCUCUCAGCUGUUGCCUUAUAAGACUCAGUUGCUUCAUCUGUUUCUUAUCUGUAGCGGGGACUGAAGUCCCACCUGAGGGGUGAGCACCUCCUUGAACUUAUCUCAGGAAGCUCCUGAAAUUGUGUAUCGCCACCUCCCUUCAACAUAAACCAAAGCAACCAUGAAUAAAUCAUAGGUGUCUUGGUCCUCUGACCUCUUAGGUCAUUUGCAAAUUAAAUACGUGYGUUUCCUAGAAAACCAGUAUAAGAAUCUGAAACUGCUUUACAGUCUGGAUCUUUACCGUGGACUUUUUUUGUGAUCCUUUUGCACCAGCACUCCAAGACAYCCCCUGCUCGCGCAUGGAGGGAAUUAUUUUAGAGGGAGAAUUCUAGCGCAGGACACUGGAAGCCAUGGCUUUCUGCCYCUUUU